AUGGUUCAGAUUUCAUUGACAAAGAAGGGAAUAUUUGUCCUCGUUGUCGGUGCCGUAACAUUCGUACUUUUUCUUCUCUCAAAUGGCGCGAGUCCUUCCAGCCGAGCCGACUAUGAAAUUAACCCAGACGUAGUGAGCGUCCGGUCUAUUUUCGUGGCCGUUGUUUCUGCUGUCGAGGAAGCUGGAAGCGCCAUCAAAAAGAUGCAUAAUCUGUCGAUGGGUCACCUGAAAUCGCGUACUAAAUCAUCCCUCCUCAAACUAGAUACUUCUAGUGGUGCAACCAGUCAGGAAGUUGUCACCGAAGCGGAUUUGGUUUCUGGUUAUUGCAUCGUUCGGCGUCUUAAAUUGCUGCGACCCGAUAUUUCUUCACAAGUCAGGUCCGAGGAGCGCGAACUGCCGAGCCACUCGGCGCUGGCGGUUGCCAUGGCAAGUUCGCUCAGCGACACCGAAGCCGCUGAGAGGCGCAGAGUGCUGCUGUCCCAGCUGCGAGAGCAGGACCUGUUCCUGCACCUGCGACAGCUCUCCUUCUGGGUGGAUCCACUCGACGCCACGCAAGAAUUCAGCGAAAAUCUACUCCAGUAUGUUUCGGUCAUGGUGUGCGCGUCCAUCCACGGCGAGCCGGUGUUUGGGGUUGUUCACUUCCCUUUUCUUAACUCAACGUAUUGGACUUCAAUGGGUGGGCAGUUAUCCGUGAACUUACAAAAUGUGCCAGGCGCCGUGAAUCGCCCCACAACACCCGUCCGAGUCCUCGUCUCACGCUCGCACACUGCCCCGCAUUUGGGUGAUAAAGUUCAAGAGGCGUUUGGCCCUACGCCAAUUGAGAUCAUUCCUGCGGGUGGAUCAGGUUAUAAGCUGAUUGAGCUGGCUCUCGGCAAUGCUGAUCUGUACAUUCACGUGGGGGGAGCCCGACGCUGGGAUUUGUGUGCGCCCUCGGCCAUUCUCCACGCCCGGGGUGGUGUUGUCCGAACGAUGGCCGACACCACAAGAGGCUUCCAGUUCUCCCCCAACGAUCCAGACGCCAUCGACGAUCACUCGGGUGUCUUUGCGGCUGCGAGUCGAAGUCUCUUCGACAAAUGGGCACCGACCGUCGCCAGGCUCUACCGCAGUACAUUCCUCUCACCUCCAACCAAAUUAUGA